GCACACGUCGCCGGCGUGCCUUGAACGCCUCACCCCGCCUGUCCCCGUCGUGCCGUCGGCCCGUCGCGAUCUUUCUCCAAAUCGCCGGUUCUUCCCUGUGCCCGCUCCUCCAUCUGUCCACAUCCGCUUGCCUCAAACACUCGUCACAUUCGACCCUUGCUCGCCUUAAAUAACUAGCAGCGCAAGUGUCGAGCUUAACCAAGCCCGAUUCCCCCGAGUAGCACAAGGCCGCCGGCACCCAAUCCUACGAGGUGACCUGCUCUCGGAAUUUUCAGCGGGUCGCGUCGUGUCCGUGCGCGGUGUGGGUAUAAAUGGCGGCGGAGGCGACUAGUCACUGCAGCCGCAGCAACUGAAUCCUCCGGGGAGGAAAAGGGGUUCGCCGCUUGCAGGGGUCGCAGGUGUGUAGUUAAUUCAUCACUUAUUGAGAUAUUGGACUUGCAUGAGUUAAUUAACAAGCCCAUUCCCUGGUUCCUGAUGGAGGCGCCAUCUUGCUUGCGCUUCCAAGUUUGUGGUUUUGGUUUGCCGAUGAUAUGGCUAUGUCUUUUUCUAGUACUUGUUCUUCAGAAUUGCUGCCCAACACUUUCAGCCUCGCCAUAUUUGGUCGGUAUGGGUAGCUACGACAUAACAGGGCCUGCAGCAGACGUUAACAUGAUGGGAUAUGCAAAUGCUGAGCAGAUCGCAUCAGGAAUUCACUUCAGGCUAAAGGCUCGUGCUUUUAUUGUUGCUGAGCCUAAUGGGAAGCGUGUUGUGUUUGUGAAUCUUGAUGCUUGCAUGGCAUCACAGCUUGUGACUAUAAAGGUGCUUGAAAGGCUUAAAGCAAGGUAUGGUGAUCUUUAUAAUGAGAACAAUGUGGCUAUCAGCGGAAUCCAUACUCAUGCAGGACCUGGAGGUUAUCUGCAGUAUGUAGUUUAUAUUGUCACAUCUCUUGGGUUUGUUCAUCAGUCAUUUGAUGUAAUUGUCAACGGCAUUGAGCAAUGCAUUGUUGAAGCUCACAACAACAUCCGCCCUGGGAAAAUCUAUGUGAACAAAGGCAACCUCCUUGAUGCUGGUGUGAAUCGCAGCCCGAGUGCAUACCUGAAUAAUCCUGCUGAGGAGAGAAGCAAAUAUCAGUAUAAUGUUGAUAAAGAAAUGACCCUUAUCAAGUUUGUCGAUGAUGAACUGGGUCCAGUUGGGAGUUUCAAUUGGUUUGCAACUCAUGGAACAUCAAUGAGUCGUACAAAUUCUUUGAUAAGUGGUGAUAACAAAGGAGCAGCUGCACGUUUCAUGGAAGAUUGGGCAGAACAGAAUGGCAUUCCAAAGCAGGCGGCUCAAGUUAGUUCUGAUGAUUUAGAAUCUUUGCACAAGACAUCUGGACUUCCGCGUAGAGUCUCUUUAAUAAUUCCUGAACCAAAUGAGAUAACUGAUGACUUAAUACAAUUGGCAUCAUCCUACGAGGCCUCAGGUGGCAGGCGAUUAUCAGGUUCAAAUAUCACCAGGCGCAUUAGAAGCACUCGACAAAAUAAACCUAAAUUUGUUUCUGCUUUCUGCCAGUCAAAUUGUGGAGAUGUUAGUCCAAAUGUCUUGGGAACAUUUUGUAUAGACACCGGUCUUCCUUGUGACUUCAAUCACAGUACAUGCAAUGGGAAGAAUGAACUAUGCUAUGGACGAGGCCCAGGAUAUCCUGAUGAAUUUGAAAGUACCCGUAUCAUUGGCAAUAGGCAAUUUCUCAAGGCUGUAGAUCUUUUUAAUUCAGCUUCUGAAGAAAUUCAAGGCAAAGUUGACUGCACGCAUACUUACCUAGAUUUCUCGCAACUCAAAGUGAAUAUUCCUACAAGUACAGGAGGUCAGCAGGUGGUGAAAACAUGCCCAGCAGCCAUGGGGUUUGCCUUUGCUGCUGGAACCACAGAUGGUCCUGGAGCUUUUGAUUUUAAACAAGGAGAUGUCAAGGGAAACCCUUUCUGGAGGUUAGUAAGAAACUUACUUAAGCCACCAGGGAAGGAGCAAGUCGAAUGUCAAGCUCCAAAACCCAUAUUGCUAGACACCGGUGAAAUGAAGGAACCAUAUGAUUGGGCACCUGCGAUACUUCCAAUUCAGAUAAUAAGAAUUGGCCAGCUUGUUAUCUUAUGUGUCCCUGGAGAAUUCACGACAAUGGCUGGCAGGCGGCUACGUGAUGCUGUUAAAAAUGUAUUGACAAGUGACAACAGUGGUGAAUUUAAUAACAAUAUUCAUGUUGUUCUCGCUGGGCUAACAAACACCUAUUCUCAAUAUAUUACAACUUUUGAAGAAUAUGAGAUCCAAAGAUACGAGGGAGCAUCAACAUUGUAUGGUCCCCACACCUUGAGUGCCUACAUCCAAGAGUUUCAGAAACUGGCUACAGCAAUGGUUUCAAACAAAGAUGUCCCAACAAAUUUCCAAGCACCUGAUCUAUUGGACAAGCAAAUUGAACUGCUCCCAGGCGUUAUGUUUGACUCGACACCUCCUGGCGUGAAGUUUGGAGACGUCAGUUCAGAUGUUCCCGCAAACUCAAUCUUCAGGAAGGGCAGUAUUGUGAAUGCUACAUUCUAUUCAGCCUGCCCUAGGAAUGACCUUCGCACUGACGGUACCUUUUCACUCGUUGAGAAGCUAGAUGGUAGCAACAAUUGGGUUCCUGUCUAUGACGAUGAUGAUUGGUCAUUGCGCUUCAAGUGGUCAAGGCCUUCAAGGUUGAGUCCAAGAAGUUUUGCGACUCUGGAGUGGACAAUUCCUGAAGAUGCCGUAUCAGGUGUUUACAGAUUCAGGCAUUUUGGUGCCUCCAAGCCGUUGCUUGGGUCCAUCAAACAUUUUACAGGGACCUCUCGCGCAUUCACGGUGCGUUAGGUAGUACACUAUUGCCUUUGAUGGCACACCUAUCAGAAUUUACCGGUCACAUUUUUAGAUGGAGUACCGGUCACACGGUCUACAUGUUCGCCCCCAUGGUUUUUACAUGUAUUUGAUGGCAAUUACAUUGUCAGGUCAUAUAAUACUAUUGUCCCUA